GGACGGCGGCACGGACGGCGGGCUCGGCGCGAGCACCCAGCGCUCGGCGGCCCCAGCAUCGUAGCACGCACCCACGCAGCACACGCGGCCUCGUGGGCGCCCACCCGGCCGAGCCAAGACCCAGCGAUGACCCUGAACAAUGUCGCCAUGCGCCAGGGCACUGUGGGCAUGCGGCCGCAGCAGCGCUGGAGUAUCCCGGCCGACGGCAGGCACCUGAUGGUCCAGAAGGAGCCCCACCAGUGCAGUCAGCGCAGCCGCCACUCCGCUGCCCCCGAGGACCACUGCCGCCGGAGCUGGUCCUCUGACUCCACAGACUCCGUCAUCUCCUCCGAGUCGGGGAGCACCUACUACCGGGUGGUGCUCAUAGGGGAGCAGGGGGUGGGCAAGUCCACUCUGGCCAACAUUUUUGCAGGUGUACAUGACAGCAUGGACAGCGACUGCGAGGUGCUGGGAGAAGAUACGUACGAGCGAACACUGAUUGUUGAUGGGGAGAGUGCAACAAUUAUACUCCUGGACAUGUGGGAAAAUAAGGGGGAGAAUGAAUGGCUCCAGGACCACUGCAUGCAAGUCGGGGAUGCCUACCUGAUUGUCUACUCCAUCACAGACCAUGCCAGCUUCGAGAAGGCAUCUGAGCUGCGGAUCCAGCUCCGCAGGGCCCGGCAGACCGAGGACAUUCCUAUCAUUUUGGUGGGCAACAAAAGUGACCUGGUGCGGUGCCGGGAAGUGUCUGUAUCAGAAGGGAGAGCGUGUGCUGUGGUGUUUGACUGCAAGUUCAUCGAGACGUCGGCGGCCGUCCAGCACAACGUGAAGGAGCUGUUUGAGGGCAUUGUGCGGCAGGUCCGCCUCCGGCGGGACAGCAAGGAAAAGAACGAGCGGCGUCUGGCCUACCAGAAAAGGAGGGAGAGCAUCCCCAGGAAAGCCCGGCGCUUCUGGGGCAAGAUCGUGGCCAAAAACAACAAGAAUAUGGCCUUCAAGCUCAAGUCCAAAUCCUGCCAUGACCUCUCUGUGCUCUAGGCCCCCAGUCACCCCAGAUGUCCCCCUAUGGACAUCGUUGAACACCAUUGGGACUGAUAAUCUAUAUUAGAUUGGAUCCUUAAGUAUUAUUAGAUAAGGUUUCCCCCAUUGUAGCUGGGAAUUAGCUUGUUAGCCUCAAGGGCAGCAUCAUGCAUGGGAAACGAAAGAUCUUUGUAAAAUCAGUAUUUAUUUACAAGAAAAGCCUGACCUUGCUACUUGAACACCCAAGACUCAUCAAAGGAUGUGUUUGGGGUUCACAUGUGUUUGCUCUCUCCUCUGGAUAGUAGAGAAUUGAAGCCUACAAAAGAAUGCUCAGAACAAGAACUUUUUGUUAUUAAAAUGUCACCCAGUGUUCCGAUACAUGAAUUUGAGGCCAGUGGGCCAUAGACAAAUACAGGAAAGCUGUCAAAGGAUUUAUCCAAAGGAGGGAGAAUUUCUUUCUCUGUACCUUAUAUUCAUGGAGCUAGGAUUGUAGAACCGGGCUCAUCAUAAUCAUGACUAUUAUUGCUCCAUCAAGCUGUGAAAAGAAAUGAUGGACCUUCCUGGAAACUAAAGCUUAGCGAACAAUUUUUGUUCCAUGCCCAUAGUUGGGGAUCCAGAAAUUUGUAGAAUUGGGAACUGAUAGGGGUGCCACUUAAGGGAUCAAAAAUCAUAUCUUGGCUUUUGUGUCUUAAAUUUUUUGUUGAGGGGAAAAUUACUUAAAUUCUACUUAGUCAAACCACCUUUUGUGUUUUCAUUGUUUUUAAGGUCUUGGGGCCAUCAUGAAUAUAUUUUAAAAAUCUGAAUUAUUGAUAACCUGGAGUGCAAAAUGCCAAAUUUUGAAAUAUAAUCAGAGGUCUGAAUUUUUAUAAAACACAAAACAUAAAUACUUCAGUACUUUGGGUUGACCCUUAUAUGCCACAGCUCUGCUCUAUUUAUUGUUAUUUUGCAAAAUAAUAACCAUUUUAACAUUUGAUAAAGCAUAUUUAUGAACAUAUUUCUUAAUAGGAAAAGUGUCCAUUUUAUUACCAUUUUCUAUCUUUUUCAGAAUA